GGGAUCAGACACCGCGCGUGACGCUAUGAGAAGGUGCAUUUGGUGCCGGCUGGAACCGCAGACCGCACCUGACCGCAUAGUAGGGCGUUUCAGCCGCUUCAUUCUGUACAUACGUGGUGCGCAUACGCAACAAAACUAGUGACGGCUUCUACUUCAAUAGACACAAGCUUCGCGAGAGGAGAGAGAGCAUGCAGAGCGCCUGUAGUCGUGGUGGGACCAGGGCACGGGAACUGUCACCGAGAAGGCGCGAAGUGGUCGGCGGGCAGCAGACGAGAUGAGGCCGCUGGAUGUUCUACUCCUCAUCGGUGUCGUCCUCGCUUGGGAACUAGCUUUAGCAGACACCAGGGACGGGAGUUACGAGGUGACAAAAUGGAAUAGUCCAAAUGAGAUAGGUGAGAACCGAGCAAACAGUACAUCAUGGGUGGGCGCAGGAGUGUUGAGAGGAGGUACAGAUGACAAAGAAGAUGAUGGAAUGGACGACUUGGUCUGUGGGUUUGACGACUCUGUCCUUGACGCCACUCAUGACAGCAAUGGGAGGGUGAAGAGAUAUUCCUUAUACGCGAGUAAGUGGAAAAAGAAACAUCUGUACUACCGCAUCGUCAACUCGCCGCACGACAACGAAGCUGAGAAGUACCGGGUACAAAACACGGUGGCACGCGCCAUCAAGCUGUGGAGCGACGCCUCGCCCCUCACGUUUUACGAGGCGAAGGACGGACAGAAGGCAGAUUUCGUGGUAAAGUUUAUCAAGGGUGAUCACAACGACGGGUACCCUUUUGAUGGGGAAGGUGGCAUCUAUGCGCAUGCAUUCUUCCCCCAAGAUGGUGACGUACAUUUUGACAAUGAUGAAAUCUGGGCUCUCAAACAGGAGAACAGCCCGAAGAAGGACCUCUUCAUCAUCGCAGCCCACGAACUAGGGCACAGCCUGGGUCUGGGACACUCUAAGGUAGACGGGGCGGUCAUGAGGCCAAAGUACAGGGACAUCAUGAAACAUAAGGACAUGGAGAAACUGUCUGCUGAUGACACGGCUGCUAUACAGGCGGUUUACGGUCCAUGCCCUAAAGUGGAGUACUGGUUAAAAGACCUCCUGAAGAGAAGAACAAAGCCAGCGAUCAGUAAACGAAGACCCAGCACGUGUUCUGGACCUUUUGAUGCCAUGUUCAUGGGUGCAGACAUGAGGACCUACGUCAUGAGAGGCAGGUACUACUGGAGGCUGAAUGAAGAAAAGAUGAUCGGCCGGCCGCAGCCGCUGCUGAUCAAACAUCGCUGGCCAGGGCUCCCGGGGAACGUCAACGCUGCUGUGACGUCUUACUACACAAAAAGAACAUACUUCUUCAAAGGUGAUCGACUUUGGAGAUACAACAACAACAUCCUGGACAGCAGUUUUCCUAUAAAAACAAAGGGCACGGGUUUGCCAAAGAACCCAGAUGCCGCUCUGGUCUGGGGCCCUAAAAACAGAAUCGUCAUCUUCAGGGGCAAAAAAUUCUGGGUCUGGAACGAAUUCACUAGAAAAGUCGAUCCAGGAUUUCCUAAACUGAUCCGCAAAUACUGGCACGGAGUGCCCAAUCACCUAGACGCAGCCUUACGCUGGAAAAAUGGCAUAACUUACUUCUUCAAGAGUGGAUAUUACUGGAAAUUUGAGGAUGACUUUGAGAAAACAGCCAAGUGUUACCCGCGCCCGGUGGCACUGUAUUGGAGCAGUUGUGGUGGAACCUCGCUGGAGAGAUAUGGAACAUGAGCGGAGGCCGCCAUCUUGGAUUUGCCUGGCCUUUUUGACCUUGACGUUUGUUUUGAACAUUGUGUUCCUUCCCAGCUUGGAAAUUGAGGAGUGUCAACUUCAGUGUAGAAUGUCACAGUAGACUGAUGCAGGCUGAAACCACAAGCCUAACAUUACAGGAUCAUUCAAAUUAGAAAUGACACAGGCUGCUUUCCUUAAUAAUGACUUAUUUUCUCAUAUUACAAGACACAUAUUUAGCAGGUAUGGGAAGAGCUUGACAAUUACAUUGUAUGGUGUGAAUUUUUCAUAAAAUGCUACUGUAACAACAAACCAUAUCAUAUGAUAUGAAUCAUCUAUUUUACUGUAAGAGCUUUUUCCUGAUUGGAUUCACUAGGUUUGCUCUCCAUUUCUGAACUUUCUAUGUCAGCUACAUGUAUGUUAUGUACCAUUGUGUAUCAUCAACCAUUCUGUACAGUUAAAAUAUAGGAUUGUUUCAAUGUAGCAUCAGUGAAUGAAAUGGUUUACUGAAUCUAUGGUGCUUUUGAACAUUUUUGGUGCUGUUGUGUCUGUUUUGUCCAAUACAUUUACAGAUAUAUUAUAUGUCAUGAAUAUGAAGGAAGAAGGAAACAAAUGUAGAGUUGAAUGGAAGUGGAGUUCAACAAAGAAUGUGAUGUUCAAGAGAUAGUGAACCUGCAGUUCAAAGAUGUGGUGCUAGAUGGGGCUAUAAAGUGGAUGGUACAGUACAUUUUCUUGUUUGCAUUGGUACUGUCUCUAAUUCUUACAGCUACAUGUUCGGAACAUUUGGCUGACAACUUGAUUAAGCAAUAAACAUAAAUUGUAGAUUUUACAAACAACUGUAACUUAUUUCCUUUCAAAUGAAUGCCUUCAUUGUGAUGUGGUUG